AUGUUGCCAACGGUGGGUAGAAAGUACCCCUGGGAGCCGCAGAAUGGAGGAGGAAACCAGGCGAGGGGAACCAGUGCAAGCCAACUCCCCCACGCAGCACGGGGGUCUCCUCCAUCCGGGCUCUUGAGCUGGGGAGAUUCCCCCUCCCCCGACCCGAGAGGCCCCCAGCCGCGCCGCGCCGCGCCACCAGCGCGGUUCCCACCCCGCCUCCCCCGCCCCCCGACUCCGCCCGGCUCUCUGCGGGAGGACUGGGGGGGGGGGACGCGCGCUCCGCCCCGUUCCCCGUCAGCCAAUGGGAAUCCGGGCCGCUCAAGCCUGUCUCCGCCCCCACCAGGGGAAACUUGUGCGGGGGAGAAAAGUUUGUACAGAAGCUGCCAAGCGGAGCCGCCGGAACCCCAGCUACGAAACCCCGCCGCACGCGAGGAAGAUGAACAGCCCCGGGUCCGAGCCCCAGGCGGAGCGCACACCGAGCCGACCCCGGGGCGCCGCGAACGGCCUCCGCGCCAGCCGCCAGCUGCGGUAGCCGUCCGUGCUCGCCCGCCGCCGGGCGGAGGAGGGCGGCCGAAGCCGAGGACCGACGCUGCGCGCCACCUGCUCGCGCGGCCGCACACCUGGACGCUGCCCGGGGAGGGCGGGCGGGCGGGGUGCGGCGCACCGCCUCUGCGGGCUCGCUCGGCGCCCAGGCUGACACUCACCGCAGAAGAGAGAGGAAGGGAGGGGGGACACAGAUCAAAGAAGAAACCCCAGCCCGGUCUGGUGUCGAUCCCCCCCCCCGACGUCCGGCUUGGCUCUUCGCGUUCUUUGAAGCUCACCGCAGUCCCGGAGCCUCCCUUGGCAGUUCCUGAAAGCCGGCUCGGGGCGGGCCGAAGGCUUGGCGAGGUCCUCGGGGUGCUGCUGGCUGAGAAAGGAGCCCGGGGGGUGGGGGGAGAUCUGGCUGCGGAUCCGAGCGUCGGGUGCCCUCGCUUCCCGGUCUCCGCUCCCCCGUGGGAGUGCUGCCCAGCCAGGACUCCGACCCCUUGA